AUGAGCAAGCAAGCCAACCUCUACUCGUUCGCCGACGUGGCCACGCUAGCACCGGCCCUCCGUGCCUACGUUAUCCAAUGCCAGGAGGCCGGCCUAGCGCGCCACGGCGUUUUCAAGGUGGGCGUGUCGGGCGGCUCCCUCCCUAAGACGCUGGCACAGGCGCUACUUGCGCCGUCGACGGACAACGGCGAUGCGGUCAAGUGGGACAGGUGGGAGAUCUUCUUCGCCGACGAGCGCGCCGUGCCGCUGGACCACGCCGACUCCAACUACGCGCUGCUCAAGGCGGAGCUACUAGACAAGCUCCCCGCAGAUGUGCAGCAACCGGUGGUGCACACCAUCGACCCGCAGUACCUCGGGGACACGCAGGAGCUGGCCGACCAGUACGAGCAGAGCCUGGUGCGGUCCUUUGCCAGCCGCGACUCGGUCAAGCUGCCCAUAUUCGACCUGCUGCUCCUCGGCUGUGGGCCCGACGGCCACACGUGCUCCCUGUUCCCCGGCCACGAGCUCCUGCGCGAGACCAGCGCCUGGAUCGCCCCCAUUGAGGACUCGCCAAAGCCUCCACCCCGGCGCAUCACGCUGACCCUGCCUGUCGUAACCCACUCGGUGCGCAUCGCCUUUGUGGCCACGGGCGCCGGCAAGAAGGGCAUCAUGAAGGAGAUCUUUGAGGACUCCAAGGGGUUGCCGUGCGCGCUGGUCAACGAGGGGACGGGCGAGCGCUGCAGCUGGUUCGUCGACAAUGCCGCUGUUGAGGGAGUCAGCUAUCCCAGGAGGCCGUUCAGUCUCUAG